GUCACGAAAAAAGAUACCAGAGAUGGGUGAUAGUUCAAUUAGAAGGCAAGCCCUCUUUCUCAACCUAUACCUAGUUCUAUUCACGGAUCUCUAUGGCUAUGCUGCCCGCUCAGAGACGAAUACGAGUGUCUUCGCUGGAAAAACAUUUCCUUUCAUUCUUUCAUGCGGGAUGAGGCUUGCGUCUUUGAUACCUUCUCAUUUCGACAAACUACCUUAUCCAAUGGACAAUUUUCCUUAUCCAAUGGGAGACAUGAUCCCUUUGGCGAACCUGAUCGGGGAUCGUAGCAUCCAGAUCAUCGACUAAUAUAGGUUGGAGUUGUACGAUGUUGUUUUCGUAAUGCUGAUUGUACUUGCGUUGGUAUUCUAGACGCUCAGCUACAUCGAGCAUAUUGUCGAGCUUCCUCGUUCCUUCAACGUAGUCUACCCACUAGGUGUCGCUCGUAGGCGAUGCCGUAGAUAGAUUGCGAUGCUUUUGGAUAAGCAUCUGGCGGAUUUCGUCAAGUUCGACCUUCAGCCCGAUGAUCUCCGGCCUUCAUCGGAUCCGCGCUUUGGCUUCGUCUAAGAUGAUUUAUGGGGCGUUGUCGAGUAUGAGAGAAUGAAAAAGAAAUGUCUUCCAGCGAGGACACCUGUGUUCGUCUCUGAGCGGGUGGCGUGUGAUCCCGGAUCCGCGGCCACAGAGCUCUGUUAAUAGAACUAGGUAUAAGUUGAGGUGGAGGACUGGCCUUAGGUAUAUUUGAAAAUCACCCAUCACUGGCAUCUUUCUAUCAAGACUUUUUUAUUG